GAGACUCCCUAAAUUAUAAGCUUCCGCUUGCCUCCCCGCCUAUAUUAAAACAUUCCACCACAUUCUUCAUUCUUCAUCUUCAGGAAACCUGGUAAUUCUUCUUUUCUCGAACUGUAAAACCUCAAUUGGGUAGGACGAUGAAGUUUUGGGCGCCUUCAUCUUCAAAAAGUUGAUGUUCAGAUGAUCGGUUUUCCUGCUUUAUUUUUGUAUUUAGCGGUUUGAUCGCCUGAGUUCUGUUGCUUAAUUGGCAAUGGUGGUUCCUUGAUCAUAUUGCUAUAUUCUUACAAAUCUGCUCAUAUAGUUGUGGCUUUUUUAGAUGAGGAGCCUUUGAUGCGAUACCGAGUCGAUACAAUUCAAUUCCUGGCACUACAUUUCCAGGCUUCCAACUUCGGAGAUUAUGUUGGCUUUAGAUUGUGCUAUGGAGAAGUGUGAUAGUUUCUGGCAAUGGGGCAACGCUCGCAAGACAUUCUCAUUCGGAAAGAUCGGUUCUGCUGGAAGUGGUUCUUGCCCAGUGCGUGAUGAAACCAGCUCUGUUGUAGGUGGGUCGUGUUUAAAUAUGCUCAAUGAAGGGGGCUUGUUGAAGAAAAGGAAAUGCAUGGGUCCUGCUUUCGUCCUCAGAUCUCACAUAAUUUCUGAAGGCAAUGUAUCCAAAUCCGGAGGCCCUUGCAGGUAUUUGUACUUGCCUGUUCAAUGUUCGACUGUGGAAGUUGAUCUAUCCAGCUCCGACUGCAAGAAUGGACAACCCAAUUACAGCGAAUCCCCCACCACAGUACUUCAAGUUCCGAAUAAUUCCUCCUUAUCUGAUACUAGUUCUACCGAUUUCGAUGCAAUUUCAUGCCGCCCACAUGGUUAUUUGAGCCCCCAGUUACAGUUCUUGCCUUAUUCAGAUGGAAAUUUGCUGCAUGAUGGAAAUUUUUGCGACCCAUCCAAAUUUAGGGCGUUGAAGAGAGGCCAAAGAGCUGCUCCUGACAAUGACUACGUCUUUUCUACCGAUGGUAUUCAUAACAGCUGUGCUGGCUUCAGCAGAGAAGCUUCAACGGAGGCUUCUCCUUCAUGCUCAGAAUCGGAAAACUUGAAGUUGCAGUUAUGGGGUAUGAAAGAAGAGAUUAGGAAUCUGAGGGCUGUGGGUGCCUUAGAAGCCUCUUUAAGCUACAUGGAGAAACCCAAAAGAGGCCACAGCAUGAUUUCUGAUAGGUCUUCUGAAAUUCAGAAAGAAAACUCUGAAUCAUUUGCAGCACUGCAUCUUUUGGCCGAUAUGGCAGUUUGGCUUCUAGAAAAUAUUUACAUAGGAGGAGAUCAUAAGGCUAAGACUUCAUCGGCACAGUGGGCAAUCUUUCAUCCGACUGGAGUACCCUUCUGUCGGAAGAGAGUAAUCAGAAAAGCCAAGAGUGCUUUCAAAUCUCUCUCUCAACUUCAUGGCAACGCAGACAAGAACGUAGCUGCCAAUUCAGAGCAUCUUUCAGGAAGCCUUGAAUUCAUUGAGCCCAGUGAGAAUCAAGUUCUAGCUGGUCGGAUUAGUGAUACAGAUCAUGGGGCAACCCAGAGUGUUCGCAGCUCAAAGAGAACUAGAUCCCAGUUCCUCAAUUCUAAGUAUUGUGAUUCUGUUCUUCAGCCAAUGAAGAAAGGUACUAGAAGAUAGUUCAAAUAUUGAAUAGCAUUGAUCUUUGUAGAUCUGAAUCAUAAGAAUACCAGACUUCAAUUAGCCAGUUUUGAAAUAUGGCUUGUUUUUUAGUCGUUGAAGUUCUAAUAUUUAAUAAAUGUACAAAAAGCAAGAAGUUCUUUCUCUCCUGUUCAUAAGUGAAACAGAAAUGCUGAUCGGCAUUUUUUCUUGUCCCUGAA